UUUCUUCUGCCACAAAUGUGUUAGUCUAGAAUCCCACUGCGACCCCUAAAUUACAUUGAGAAAUAAGGUAGCCUAUCCCUCAGUGUAGAAUCGAUGUAGGCCUCCAGACGUCGUUUCCUUUUGCCUGGGAGAUGAUGGACAGCAGGAUACUGGAUCCACCUCAUGCCCAGUUUGGAGGCUCUCUUGGUGGGAUGGUGGGCUUUCCGUACCAUCUAAGCCACCAUCACGUUUACGAAUUAGCCGGUCAUCAACUUCAAUCUGCGGCCGCAGUUCCUUUUUCAAUAGACGGAUUACUUAAUGGUUCCUGCACAGCUUCAGUGGUUAAUUCUAACCCUCUCUUGUCUUCUGGCUGUGGCAUGAAUGGAGAUAACCAUCAGUACAAACUGUCAGACUCUGGAGACCCAGACAAAGAUAGUCCCGGUUGUAAGAGACGACGAACUCGCACAAAUUUCACUGGUUGGCAACUGGAAGAAUUAGAAAAGGCUUUUAAUGAGAGUCACUAUCCAGACGUGUUCAUGAGGGAGGCACUGGCUCUGAGAUUGGAUUUAAUAGAAUCGAGGGUGCAGGUAUGGUUCCAAAAUCGCAGAGCCAAAUGGAGGAAAAAAGAAAACACAAAAAAAGGACCAGGACGACCUGCUCAUAAUUCCCACCCAACGACAUGCAGUGGAGAACCUAUGGACGCGGAGGAAAUCGCCAGGAGAGAACUUGACAGGCUAGAGAAAAAGAAGAGGAAGCAGGAACGAAGGCUGUUAAGGUCCCAGAACAAACUUCUAAACGGGGACCUGUUUCACACUCCUUGUGGAUCAGACAGUGACAGCGGAGUGUCACAAGUGACGGACAGUGAGCAAACUGUACAGUGUGACUCUACAGGCCGAAACCAAACCCAAUCGAGCUGUGACCAAACUCCACACACAAUCCAGAACCAAAGACACUCAAACCAAGACACUGGUGGAUGCGAGCUGGACUCGUCUGACUGCAGUCAACCAUCAAGCUUUUGCGCAAACGGCCGAGCAUCUACACUUCAGAAACUUAACCCCUUUAGUGUAGAAAGCCUUCUGUCUGACUCCAGACCAAGGCGCAAACCGAACGUAGAUGGAUUUUCUGCCUUACCCUCUUCGCGGCCUUUGAUUGGAAAAGGACAUUUCUUACUGUAUCCCAUCACACAGCCGCUUGGAUUCAUUGUUCCUCAAACUGCUCUAAAGACAGCAGCGCCAGGCCCCGAUACAGACAAUUCUGCACAUGGAGACCAAGCGUCCGAGGCUGGAUAUAAGAACAAUGUAGAAUCGAACAGCCCACAAAGCAACGAAUUAUCAAUCAAAAUGCAGGUCAAUGGAAACAAGACUAGCUCGUCACAGACCAGCCCAGGCCAGACGUUGUCUAGUGGUAACAGUAGUCAGUCCACAGCCAAUUGCAAUGAUACAUAUUUCCAAGAUGAGGGUCCAAACCGUGUCGAUUUAAAGUCUCUGCAAUCAGACAAAAAAGAGCAGUUAGUAAAAGACAUCACAGAAAGUUCAAAGUCAACCAGCUGUCCACAAGAAACAAAGACAGACUCUAAAGAUGUCAAUAUGGAAUAAUCUAGGCCUAGAAUCAAAUGAAAAUAUUUAAUUAGUCCAAAGCUUUAUAAUGUAACAACUUUGCAUUUAAACUCUCAUUUUACAGAUGAUAUUCUGAUGGCGUGUCAUAUAACAGUGUGUUUGUU